UUGAAAACACCAUACGCACCAAAACCUUCCUUCAUCCUCGCCAGUCGUCACUUGUCCUCCUCCGGGUCAGCUCCACUCCUGAGAGGCACAACAAUGGUCAUCGGGAAGCUGGGCCUGAGCUCCCUCUUCCACACGAAGCCCAAGGAGGAGGCCUCGCCGUCACCUCCUCGAGGCGACCCGGCCGCGGCGCCGGCGUGGGCAUGGCCGUCCUGCAAGCACCCAAGAACGCGGUCCUUCCACGACGCGCCGCCACCGCCCGGCGCGAGAACGCUCGCCUCCAUCUUCCUCGACUCCGCCGAGAGCUCCUUCACCAACUCCUCCGCGCGGCGCGACUGCUCCGACAGCCCCUCCACGGCGUCCGAGGCGUCGGCGGAGGGCGGGGGCGACGCCGUCACGGCCGCCGAGGACGCCGCCGUCGUGGGGCCGCUCCGCUCCUCCGACCGGCUCCUGUUCGACCCGGGGGCGUCGGGGACCACCAGCUCCAUACUGGAGGAGAAGGUGCCGGCGGAGGCGUUCGUGGGCGGCCUGGCCGUGGCGUUCGAGUCGGCGGACCCAUACGGGGACUUCCGGGCGUCGAUGCAGGAGAUGGUGGCCGCGCACGGGGCCGGCGGCUGGGGCUGUGGCUGGGGCUGGCUGGAGGAGAUGCUGGGCUGGUACCUGCGCGCCAACGGCAAGGACACGCACGGCGCCAUCGUGGCCGCCUUCGUCGACGUCGUCGUCUCCGUCGCCGACCCCGGCCGCGGCUCCUCCUGCUCGUCCCGGAGCUCCUCCUGCGCGUCCGUCGACGGGGAUCAGUAAACUAACCUUACUUACUUCCGUGGCAUGGUUAAUGUGGUGAGGGUGUGGUAGAUGAGUGAGUAGAUCACGUACGUCGGUACGUGCCGAACACUUGGAGAACGUGCACGAGCAUGAAAGUUAAUUAAUUUUAACUACUAGCUUCUUCGUGGUAGCUGAAAUCUCGUGCCAACAUGUGAUGGGUCGAUGUUUGCAUUGCACGUAUGGCAAUGGGUUCACGACGUCGUCGUUCGAGAUCGAGAG